AUGCCCUUCAUUAGGACGUAUAUUGACCCGGAGAGCGCUCACAAAUUUAGCAUCAUGGCUCUGAAACUAGGGCUAGCGCCAGUGGACUACUCAGUUGACCCACCGGUCAUCCAGAGCCGUGUAAAGGAUGUUGUAUUCUUCAAUCCCAUCGGAAUGGCUGCUGGAUAUGACAAGCAAGUUGAGGCUCCACUUGAAGUGUUGCGCCUUGGAUUCGGGUUCAUAGAGGUUGGAACGGUGCUGCCUAAGCCGCAAGAAGGCAACCCCAAGCCUGUGUUGUUCCGCUUGCACUCCAGCAAGGCGCUGGUAAACCGCUGCGGUUUCAACAGUGUCGGGCUUGAUCUGGCGUUAGAACGACUCAAGCGCGUACGGCAGAAACAAGCCGAUGAUCCUCUCACAAAGGAUUUCAUGAUCGGAGUUAGUGUCGGUAAAAACCGAACUGGCGACAUUAUCGCGGACACCGUUACAACAAUAAAGGGUGUAGCGCCGUAUGCAGAUUAUGUAGCGCUGAAUGUCAGCUCGCCUAACACGCCCAACCUGCGCGACAAUCAGCGGCGUGAACCGCUGAUAGCGCUAAUUGCGGUCGCCAAAGCUACCUUGGAUGACGUAAAGGCUCAUAAUCCAACCUUCCAAAACACAACAAAGAAGGCGCCUUUACUCUUCAUCAAAAUUUCGCCCGACGUUUCCCGCCAGGAGCUGGAGGAUAUCGCCGAUAUCGUAAGUUACCUCUUCAUACGGCGUUGUACAUCGACAACGCAGGCAAUUGUACACAACAUCGACGGUAUCAUUGCAACUAACACAACGGUGUCGAGGCCAGACGAGACAACUGAGGAUUGCAAAAUAGCAGGUCAUCCCAAUGGUGGCCUGAGCGGUAAACCUCUCAAAGAACUGUCUAAAAAGAUUGUGUACGACCUGUAUGAGCUGACACAGGGCAAGGUGCCAAUCAUCGCUGUAAGUUUAAAUGCAGAAGCAUACACGACUGCUCAGUGCGGAGGAAUCUCCUCUGCUCAGGACGCCCUAGAAAUGGUGGAAGCUGGAGCGUCACUGUGCCAGCUCUACACUGCAAUGGUGUACGAGGGGCCGGGGUUGCCCAGCCGCAUCAAGAACGGACUGGCACAACUUCUAUUGCACAAAGGCAAGUUUAGUAACGCAAUAAUACACAUUUCACAGCCGUGGCGCUGUCUACUGUGUAGACACGCUGGGCGUGCACGGUCAUCCGGGAUGGUGAAGCUGGAAAUAUGGGAGCAGCGGGACAACGCUGAGUCCUCGGACAGCAGCGAAGAGGAGAUAAAGGCCAGGCGUGUGCCGCUUUUCGGUCGCGUGGUCCCGAGGGCGCCCGUAUCCAGGCCACCUCAGCAGGAAUCUGAUACAAGUUCCGGUUCGGAUACAGACACAGAAGAUGAAGAAUCCAGUGGUUCCAGCUACUUCCACAGUGUCAGCGAGAGUUCGGAAACUGAGGAGGAGACCGCCUCGGAAAAUGCGGAGUACGAUGCUGAUUGGUGGCGACUGCAAAACGUCCGGGCCACGAGCCGAUUCUCUCCCGCUACCUACGGCGACUGGCGCAGCCUGCCUCGUGCUUGGGACAGCGUGUUCUACAUCUCGUCGAUGCAUAACCUCGAGAAUACCGACCAGAAGUUCUUCUAUUGCAUCCGUGUGAAGCAUGUGAACGAACGCAUAUCACGGGCAAGCGGGCUCGGAAAUAUCAUCAUGUACACGCCGCACUUCACGCUAAGUCCGGGCGAGGACAGAAAGUUGCAGACACCUAUGUUCAUCUGGAGGAAAAGGAGACUCACACUGCCGUAUGGACAGCUCGAAAACUACGUCAUCGAAAUCGAACUUUGGAAGACACAACUGCUGCGCAUCAAUUCGUUGUACGCAACGCAGCAGUUGACUUUCCAGGAGAUUGUGGACCGCAAAACAAACUUUUCGGUCACGUUAAACCUGUACAUCCCAGAAAGGUCUACGGCAGCUCCCAGUGGGAGCGCCAACCGACCGGCGGGUAACCGAAAUGCAACCGCUCUUACCGAAUCGUCCGAGCGUCGGUUCCCGGUGCACAAAAUGACGAUGUUCCUGCUACUCGAGGAAGUGUUCGACUUCUUUUUCGUAUUCGAGAACUGGUGGUUCACCAGGGCACCCGAGCUGCCAAGCACCCUCAUCGAUAUGCCCAAGAUGCUGAAAAUAUCAGUGCCGUCGGGGAUGGGUAGAUCGUGGCACACUACCAGCACGGGCGCUUCGGAGGCCGCAUACUGGUCGUCGCCUGGCACGUUUCGUUUCCAGGGCACGCUGCGGCAGCUGCGGUAUGCAUCGUUCAGGGCGAUGGUAUACUGCGUGAAGCGGAGCAAGUUCUUUACGAAACCGCCUGCGCUAUUGGGUACAUGCGUACUGUCCCUACAGUCGGUGCAGGAGCUCCCUCUUGUUCGCGGGGUGCUGAAGAAGUUGACACUUGGGACACGCAACAUGUUCAGCGGGACCAUACAGGGCAACAUUCGGUGCUGCAUGAAGAGCUGCACCAUCAACUUCUUUGAGGAUCUCAAAGUGCGACCGGCACAACCUAUAUCGGGGUCGGCGCUCAUCACUCAGUUGGACCACCGUUGCCAGUAUCUGGUGGUGCGCAUCAUCAGCUGCUCCAGCCUCCCGGCUUCCAACACGGACUCAAACACUUCGGACCCGAUGGUGAAGGUGAAGUGGGACGGCAUAGUGAAUUGCACUGGUGUGGUGGAGUCGACGGUGUCUCCAAUAUACAACCAGAACAUGUACUUCCCCAUCCAUCUGGUUGACAUGCGCGAACUCACCGACCCCGCGCUGAUUAAACACAGUCUGCCGGUGGAUCUGUCCUCGAAGGGGCCAGUUGUGGUCGAAGUGUGGGACCACAGCGACGCUUCAAGCGAGUUCCUGGGAUCGGCUGAAGUGCCACUUUCCAAAAUUUACACGAACGGCGUGCUGCAAAGACGGAGCCUCGCUGAUGGCAUCUUCACCUCCGCUACCCACGAGGUCGAUGAAUCAGGAUCCGAUGAGUCAGAUUAUGAUAACAAUAUAGCGUGCACUGAUGAAGGAGCAUCAAAUGCGGUCUAUACGCCGCACGUUACUCGGCUGUAUGAGGGCACGUUGCCACUGGUGGGAUCCACCGUGGACCACCGACGCAAGAAGCCGUUGGUGUCCCUCGAAAUGUACAUUUUACCACCGAUGCCCAACGACUUGUACAUACCGGAUGACCAGAAGAAGCAGAAACGUAAGGAUAUUUACCGGAACCUCAGCCUCCGAUGGACUCGGGAAUUUGACUCGUGGCAAGGCGUCUACUGCGACCGGUUUCCGGGCGCCAUUGCACGUCGCAGGUUCACGUGCGUCACGUCCGAUGCGCUCAAUAUGCACGAAAGCUUGCAGUCUGACCUGGUGCCACUGUGCUAUUUCGUGAAGCCCAUCCAAAUGUACAUCCAACUGUCGCCACCCGGGGAGCUCAUGCACUGGAUAUCGAACUUCACUUACAAAAACGACGGGACGACCACCGUCGGCGGGUGCGUGCAGAUAGAGACGUGGCAGAUGCCUUCACGGUUCGUUCUCACAAGGAAGGGUGGCCUACACGAUCGUGCCCUGCUGCUGUGCAGCUGCCUGCUCGGACUCGGGUACGAUGCAUACGUCUGCAAGGGCACUCUCGAAGGAGGGAACCGAGAACAUUGCUGGGUUAUGACGAGGCACUCAGGCGGCACUGUUACCUUCUGGGAAACGGCAAACAAACGCAUGUGGCACAUGCCUAAGCGCUGGCAAACGAGCAAGACAGUCGAUGAACCUAAGCCAGCCGACGUUGUGGAACAAAGUGGAAACUACGCUAACAUCCAAACAUCGCAAAGACGCGCCACUGAGGCACCACAGUGGCGCCGAGGAACAUCGCAGAAGCCAACCCGACGGCUCAUGAAUUACGAGUUAUACGGCAACGACUACAUGGCGGACGUGAAGGUCGAUCUUCACCGCAUAAUAAACUCAAACGAAAUGCUGCCAGAUGGAUCAUCGGCGUUGCCGGUGGGAACAGGAUUCAUAGACGAUACGGCCACAAAGAAUGUAUCUUCACGACGCCAACAAACUAUACAUCCGAAGAAGGAGCUGCUCGUACCGGGAUCUACAUUGGUGUUUUUGCCGUACUCAUCUAUAGAGGUCAUAUUUAAUGACAAACAACUCUGGGGAAAUCUGCAGAACCACCACCCUGCGUGCAUUACCUACGACCUGGAAGCGACUGAGGACUGGCGACCGUUCCUCAAGGUGCCGAUUACGGACUCCGUGAUGCCCGACAUCCAGAUCACCGCACCAGCACCUCAAAGCGUCUGUGCAUCAACGGCCAAAGAGAUACGCAACGAUGUAGUUGAGAUGAUCGAGCUGAUGUACGCACAACGUGGGCGCGUCGCCAAUGUAGCCAGAGACCAGCAGAUGGAUGAACGGCUGGAGUCGCUCAUCGACAUCCUGGAGUUCCGCCAGCGACUGGAUCCGCAGUUUGAUCCAGGAAUGCCGCCUCAUUUGCUGGGGUGGAGCACCAAAACGCCUGCGAAGACACGGAAUGCCGAAAAGUCUAAGAGCAACACGGGUGACGAGAUCAAGGAGGAAACAAAUGCAGAUGCUGCAGAGAAGGCCUCCCUACCUACAGCCUUGCACGGACAUGCCAUGGGAGAGGCGGGAGAAAAGGUGCAACCUGCUCGUAGCGACAUGGAGAUAGCGCACCAGCUGGCCAAAGCCGUCAAAAAUGACGAAGGAGGUAGCGACCAUUCCGACGAGACUCAGGCUUCUACCGACGACACCAUAGAUUUCAACCCUGCAACCGUACCCGGGCGUCAUACAAUGGAUGGAAACGGCCGUCGCGGCAACCCGGCAAAUCAGCAUCCAGCAGGGCAACAGCGCCCGCCACCGGCAAGGGGAUUAAGACUCAUAUCGAGGAUGAAGGCUCUGCUGUCUUCAGCACCAAGACACCACGCAAUGGCUGUUUCAGAUUCGUGUACGGACAGUCCUAAAUCAUCUGUAACACCUUGCAGUGAAGCCGAGCCAAGAUCUAGGGGCUUUAGGUUCCGCAAGACAACCGUCAAAGUCAAUGCACCCAGAAUCGAUGUUAUGAGGGCGAUCUCCAAUGCGUCAGAGCAUUUGGCGUAUAGCAACAUUGAAGAAAUGUCAGAUUACGGAUAUGAUGUCGAUAAAACAGAGUCUACGUUGAAGGGAGAAUUCAAUAUAGACUGCGACGUGAGCACCCCGAUAUCCGAUAUAUCGCAUAUAACGAAAGAUAUUACACGCAAUCACCCAUUGUCGGAUUACAAGCAGUGUAUCACGUCGGCUAUUCAUCUUAGGGAACCGGUUUCGAGCAGGAAGCCACAACAGCCGCCUGCACGGCCACGGCCGAUGAACGUGCCCAGAGCAAAACAGCGGCCCGUGCCUCGACAGCAGAAGCCGCAACGCCGCGGCAUUCUCACAAAUCUUUGGCGAAAGUUCAGAGCCGAAGACCUCCCCGACGCCCAUAAGGUGCCAGACUUCAUGGUUGACAUGAAGGCGGUGGUCAACGACCGGAAAUUCAACGAGCAAUACAUGGAGCACCAGUACCCUAUCCCGCAAGAAUUCCUGAUACACGAGAGCAAACAAAUAUCAAAAUGGAACUGGUACUACAAUAUGGAGGCGCGGCAGUACGCCUGGCGGAGGCACCUGCCGAUACCACCGAACCACACCUUCAUUGGCGUCCCUAUCCGCUUCUCCACAAGCGACAUCAACGAAAUCCGGAAUUUGCUCACCUGCAGCAGCCGAUGCAUAAAAAUGCUCGUGCCAGACGUCGACCGCUGCGUCAAUGUAGUAUAUGUUAAGGUCUUUCCGCUUCUGGGCGGAGUGCUAUCGACCUGGCUUUUCCUGGGCUGCCACGUCCCGUGGAACAUCCAAUAG